AUGUCAUCUAAAAUACCACGGUUUCCAUAUGAAGCUUUAAGUAAAGAAGAUUUAGAAGAACUUUUAUGUAGAUGUGGUUAUCCAAACCCUUGCGAAUGUCCUCUUGAAGAGAAAGAAGAAGAGUUGGUUACUUGUCAUGCCAAAAUACCUAGACGGCUUUUUAAAGGGCCUGCUCCCCCACCGUUACUAGCCAAUGGUUUAUCUACACCUUCAAAAGGUGAUCACGGUUUUCAAAUAUCAGCGGACGGAUCGAUAAAGAGAAUCAAAGAUAAAGUUACAAAUGAAAGUCCACCCUUUUAUGACGUUACAGUUAAUGACUUUACUACAUUUUAUCAAGGUUGUAAAUGGAGUAAGCGAACUUUCCAGCGCUCGACAAAACUCCAAGAAGUUUACCCAAGCCCCGCGGAUUAUGAUAUAUUUAAAAAACCAUUCACCGACUUUGAAAUAUGUGCUGAGAAUUUUAGAUCUUAUAAACGUAAAACAACAAAACAGCUGCGUUUUAUUGAAAUGGUACAACAAAGGAAUAUAUUAGAAAAUUUACCGGGUCCUGCAAAUUAUAACGUUAAAUCACCCAAGUUUCAUGAACUGCAACAUUUAGGUCCAAAAGCAAGACGUUUUAGUUUCGAAAAAAAUGAUGAGGCCCCAGGUCCAGCGAAUUAUUGGAUUCGAAGAGACUUUGAUCUUGCAGAAAUACCAGAGCAACCUUGUCAUGCUAGACUUCCGGAACCUUCUUGUUUUGGAGUGAAGGAUACUAGAUUUAAGCCCUUGAAGGAAGUUGGGCCAAGCCCAGCUACAUACUCCCCAAGUUAUAAGCCUUGUCAGUUCAUGAAAUGUUCCAAAGCGCCAUUCAAUAAUUCAGCUAUAAGAUUUAAAGAAGAAAUGCUAUCUGAGACUGAUGAAAAAGAUGAGACAACUGUAGAAAAUGAAAAUGGAAAAAUGAAAAAGCCUUGCAUUGUUCCAACAUGGCAGUUAAAAUCAAAAACGAGAAGGUUUGAACAACUUAAAAAAAAACCUUGUGAACCCAGUCCAGCAGAUCUUCCCCAACCAACAACAAAUAUAGAAAGAUCACGACAUUUACAGUUUAUCGCUCCUUUUUUUUCAUCAGAAGGCCGAUUUCAACCAUGGUUUGAUUGGAUGCCUGUGUUUGGAAAAGUAAAAACACCCGGACCGUGUACAUAUGCAUUAGAAAAACCAAAGUGUUAUCCUGCAGUACCUCAUGGACCUCUCUCUAGAGCGCCUCGAUUUCAUUCCCAUGCCCGCGAUACUCCUGCUCCGAAUGAAUACAACGUUGGUCGUGGUAUCGAAACGAUAUUGGCAACUCAUAAUCAUAGAUUAAAAAAUAACAUAGAGAAUAAACAUAAAUUUAUUUGGGAUCCGCCUGUUGAACCCAAGCAACUUAGUUUCGAAGAACGGAUAACAUUACUUAUUCAUAAAUCAAUAGCUUUAUUGGAAAUUGGAGAUGUUCCAGGAGAAAAAUUUAGUAAAUUAAUUACCAACAAAAGUAGUGGAAUAUUAGAAAAAAGAAACUCAAAUAAAAUGUUACGGAGUAUUGUACACGGUCAAAAAAUAGUUCACUAUUAUUGAUUAUGAGCACGUAAUUUGUGUGCAGGACUGAGCAAUAAAUUAAUACAACUACAAACAACAAAUGAAAUAUAAUACAAAACUUAAAACAAAA